UCCUCUUCAGAAUUGUGUCUCUGGAUGAAGACUUCCGUCCCUUGAAUGAGCUGUUUCCCCUGGUGUAUAUCGAGGACCCAAAGAGAAACCGCCUGUACCAGUGGACAAAAGCAGAGCUAAAGAGGGGAAUAAUCCAGCUGUUCUUCAACCUCACCUCUGAACCCAUGCAAGGGACCUACACAGUAGUGGCACAGAAGGUCUCUGGGAAGACAGUUCGACACCCUUUCUCCGUGGAGGAGUAUGUGCUGCCAAAGUUUGAAGUAACAGUGAAAAUGCCCAAGGUGAUCACCAUUCUUGAUGAGGUGCUGAAGGUGACAGUUUGUGGUCUGUACACGUUUGGGAAGCCCGUUCCUGGCCUGGCGAGCGCCCGGGUCUGCCGCAGGUUCGAACAGGCAGCCAGCAGCUGCUAUGGAGAAGAGGCCAAGGCAGUGUGUGACGAGUUCUCUGGACACACAGAUAACCAUGGCUGCAUUUCUGAAAUGGUAAAGACCAAGUUAUUCCAGCUCAAGAGGACUGGAUAUGAGAAUAAGCUCCAUGUGGAGGCUAAGAUUAAGGAGGAGGAGACAGGAGUGGAGUUGGCUGGAAGAAGCUUCUCUGAGAUCACAUCCACCAUCAGUAAAAUCACCUUUGAGCACUCAGACUCCUACUACAAACCUGGAAUUCCCUUCUUUGGGCAGGUGAGACUCGUGGAUGGGUCUGGAGCUCCCAUUCCCAAUGAAGUGGUGAAAAUUUCUCUACAAGGGGACCAGGAAACCAACUACACAACCAAUGAGGAGGGCAGGGCACGGUUUGCUCUGAACACUUCCAUGUUGUACUUGGAUUCUGUUGGACUUAAGGCAACUCACAAAGUCCACCCCUACUGCUACGACCGAGCCUGGGUUGCCCCACGUCACGAGGGCGCCUACCUCCCGCUGAAGCGCUUCUACUCCCCCAGCAACAGCUUCCUCAAAAUCGAGCUCAGCUCUGAGACCCUGAGCUGUGGCUCCUCCACAGAGGUCCGAGUGCACUAUAUCCUUGCUCCAGAGGUCAUAGGGGAGCAGAAGAAAGUUGUCUUUUACUACCUGGUGAUGGCCAAAGGAAACAUUAAGCAAGCAGGCACCCACGUUCUGGAUCUGGACCAGGAAAGUGCCAAUGGGGUCUUCUUGCUGCAGCUGCCUGUAGAAGUUGAUAUUGCUCCAGUGGCCCAAAUGCUUGUCUACACCACUGCCCCCAGCAGGGAGGUGAUUGCUGAUUCAACCAAGUUCAACAUAGAAAAGUGUUUCAGCAAUAAGGUGGAGUUGAGCUUCUCUCCCUCUGAAGGCCUGCCUUCCUCUGAAGCUCACCUGCUGUUCAGAGCCUCCCCAGACUCCCUCUGUGCUGUCCGUGCUGUGGACAAGAGCGUUCUCCUCAUGAAGCCAGAAGCUGACCUGUCACCCAGCUCUGUGUACAGCUUGCUGCCAGUGAAGGAGCUGCACGACUAUCGCCACGGUCCAGACGCGCUCUUGGAGGAGCCCCUGGAAGACUGCAUCCCCUUGAAGAAGAUAGUUCUGAAUGGCAUCACCUAUUCUCCAGUAGUGGAGAUGAAUGAAAAGGACACUUACAGCAUUAUGAAGGAAAUGGGUUUGAAGAUCUUCACAAACACCAAGGUGAGGAAGCCUCAGUACUGCAGCACUGAGAACCACCUGCCUGAAGCCCUCGUGGCAGCCUCGUCGGGCGUGCGUGGAGCACGCAUGUACGGCGCGAGGGCAAGUGCUCUACAGGCAAACUUUGCUGAAUCAUCAAGAGCUCCUGAGGAGCCAAUGGAGACAGUCCGACAGUAUUUCCCAGAAACUUGGAUUUGGAGUUUAGUAUCUACAAG